UUUCCUAUAGCUAUGGUCCGCUUGUUUCGUCUUUCCAUCAAUUUAUCUUUUAUUUUUAAGCUAAAAGCCUUGCAAUGUUGCCGUUAUUGUUUUGAAUCAGGCCAAAAAGAUAUUUGUAUAAAUCCCUACCAUUAUGAAAGAAUUUCUACUUCAAAUAUGCUCCCGCCAGUUUUGGUUCCCCGUUUUAGUGAUCCACCGCCUUUAAACAAUCCAAACAACAAUUUUAAAGAAGUGGCAACAAUUCCUUUUGUUCCGUGUCAGGAUUGGUGCACAAUUAGUUAUUAUGAAUUGAAUGGGAGAGUUGGAGAACAGGUAAAAAUAAGUGCUCUAGAAUGUAUUGUUGACGGCUUCACAGACCCUACCAUGGGCGAAUCUAAUGGACAACACAAAAUAUCGUUGGGAUUGUUCUCCAAUGUAAAUAGAAAUUUAACAAUUGAAAAUACUCGAAGAUUAAUAGCUAAAGGAGUUAAAUUAACUUAUGUGCCCUAUCAAGGAACACUUUAUGCUGAAUGUUUAAGUGAUAGUCCUAUUUUUAUUCAAUCGAGGAAUAGUAAUUGGAUAAACAAUUUUCACCCUACCACUGUUUGUAAACUCUGUCAUGGAUAUUCUCUUAAAAUAUUUGAUACAGCUAAAUUUGGAGAGUUACUAAAUCAUUGUGCACAAAUGGGAUUUGAUAGUAGCUAUGAACUUACUAAAAUGACUAUUAUUCGAAUGUCUUUUGUUAAGGGAUGGGGAAAAGAUUAUCAACGACAAGAUAUUACAUCAACCCCGUGUUGGAUAGAAAUUCAUUUACAUGCUCCUCUUAUUUGGCUAGACAAAGCCUUGCAAAACUUGGCAAAAUUGGGUCCGCUUCCAGAUAAAAUUCAUUCAAAUUCGUAA